GUUUACGGUAUCUGUGAACCAAUCAGAUUCUUAGAUUUUGUAACGAAAUUUGAUUUUCCAGAAACUUUCUGAGAUACACCAAACGUGACAUUUUAACUUUGUUGUGCAAGUCCUAACUUCAAAUAGAUGUUAAAGUAUGGAAGAUUGUCCAACAGGCUUACUGGUUGACCUAACAAAUUUUGUGGAUAAUGCACCCCAGUUAUUUUCUACCUCAUCACAGGAAGAGGAUAAAGAAAAUGCUAAUCCAUUGACAGAUUCAAUAGAAAUAGAAAGAAGUGGUGAUACAGAAAGAAGACUGAGUUUAACGUUAAAGAAUUCUGAUGAUAUACAAAAUCGUAUCUUGCGUGAUGUAACAGAGCAGUCAUUACCAAACAGUGCUAAAAAAUGUGCUAGUCCAGGUCUCAGAUUAAUAGAUGAUGAAACAUUUGACUUUGAUUUGGCUGCAUCUCCAGCUGUAAGAGCUGAAAAUAUUUCACAUGAGGAGGAGGAUGAAGUAUUUUUUGGACCAAUUUGUUUUACGGAGCGGCUCAAACAAACUGUCGUUCAGGAAGUAGAAGUACCUCCAUUGAGCCCACUAAACGCAACACAGUUUGCCUUGAUGGUUAAAGAAGCUAAAGAUUUAGCAUAUAGAAUAAAAAAUUCUAAGACAAGUUCUGGAUCUGAAUCAUCACCAUCUUUAUCAAAACAAUCUUGUUCUUCAACAGAUGGGGAGGUAUCCCCAUCAAUAAGAAAACAUAAUCGAUCUGGUACCUUCACUAAAUGUCAGAGUCCAUUAGAACUGUUACCAGAGGAAGCAAGAAAAGUUCUACCAGUUAUAGAUGAUUCUUGUAAAAAGUUACCAGAUAGUAGUCAGUAUGCUGUUGAUAAUGUGGAAAAUCGCACAGAAAAUGCUGCUCCUGAUGUAAGGGAAAGCAGAGUAACUGACAAUAGAAAUGUAAAAAUACAUGCUAAUCCUACUCAACACAAAACAAGUGGCAGUCGAUUACAACUUCCAUCAAAACUCCAGGCAUCAAAACUAGCAAAGCCAUCACUUAAGUAUGGCAGUAGUUGUGAAAGCUUGGAUGGGAAAGAAAACAGGAUUAAUGGACAUGAAUCUGACAGUAACUGUAGUAUAGCAUCAGACUGCAGUGAUGUUUCUGUUGGCAAAACUAGUCAAAAUAAGUGUAUAGGAAAAACAGGCAUUCCUAAAACAUCAAGAUUGAAGGCUCCAGGAAGUAGACUAAAUGGCUCUUUUAACUCUUCUAUGAAUAAUUCUCUCAAUACAUCCACGAACAUUUCAAGGGGCAUUCCUAAGACAAGGCAGCUAGCUCUUCCAAAGUCUGCAAGUAAUAUAGCAAGUAGAGGAGUUACUCCUAAAUUUGGAGCACCGCCUAAAAGCAGCAGCUCAGCUAAUGUCAAGAAAGUUGAACCUUCAAAAUCUGUAGACAAGAAACAGAAAUCAGACGAACCACCCAAAAGGAGUUCACCAAGACUUCAAGCCAAGCAAGGUUUGAAUGAUGGUAAACCAAAGGCUGGAAUACCUAGUUUGAAGGGGACUUUUGCUAAGCAAAGUCUCAUGAAUCCUGGAGAAUUACAAAAGAGGGCCAAUAAAACUGUAACUGGUAAUGGUCCACUAAAAGCUACACAACCAUUGGAUAUAGUAAAUAAACCUAUAGAGAGCAAACCAGACAAAAAAGCCACCUCAAGAAUGAAUACCAGUAUUUCUACUCCAGUUAAACAGGACAAGUGUGUCAAACCUAAACUGUUGGCUAAUAAUUUUAGGACACCAAGUAAUUCAAGCUCAACAAGUACUCCUUUGUCUAACAGAAGGAGAUCCUGUUUGCCAACACCACAGAAGUCAUCUAGGGGUUCUAUUGGAUCUGUACCAGAAAGUCCUUUGUCUAGAAGAGGUGGGAGUGGUAAUUCAUCACGACUUAGUCAACUAUCAUCCUACAGUAGUAUAACAGAAUCACCCGUGUUUAACAAUAGUGUGUCUAAAUCAACAACCAAGAAAAAUGGAGGACAGUGCUCAAACUUGGUUGAAAUAAAUGACAAGUCACCAAGUAGCAUGAAAGCCAAAUCCAGAGUGGUAUAUACCCCUCAACUUCCUCAGAAAGUACAAUCUAAAUGGUCUCCCAUUAGACGACCUAGGCCAAUCAGCAAGGAUGAAGAAGUUAUUAAGUGCACUAAAAGAAAAUUGUAAUUGUUUUCAUGACUUUUAUUAAUAGUUUUAAUUUGUAUUUAUGAUAAUUAGCCAUGUAUAUUAAGUUCUUACUUUGUUUUCUUUAAGAUAACAUCCCUCACUUUCUAUCUAAUUGUGUCUGAAAGGCUGAUGAAAUAGAAAAAUAGUUGUUGUUUAUUUGAAGAGAAUCAGAAGGGUAUAAGUUCAAGAUGAAAUAUUUUUGUUGCUUUUGUCUUUCAGACAUUGCUAAUUAUAUGUUUUGUCUCUUUUUUAAGAUCUUUUUAACAUAUAUUAUUGAUGCUUAGCAUAUAGGUUAUUACAUGUAAGAUAGUUUGUAAAUUUUAAGUUCUUACUUUUUAGCAGAGCUGGAUAUACCUUACAUUAAAUGUAAUUUUAUUGUAAUUAUAAGUACAAUUGUAUUCAAAAAUAUUUUUAUUCAGGAAUACAUUGUUUUAUUGUUGGGCGAAUGCUGCAGAAUGAGCGACGUACAAAUUCUAAUCUGGCCACUAUGCAAACGAUUUGUAUAAAGCUUGAUGUUUCACAUAGAUACUUCAACUUGUGUAUACAAAUGCCUCAUGUACUGAAGUUUUCUUCUGGCAUACCUUUGUUGUCCUUGGCCAAUUUUCAUGAUUCGACAAGUAUAAAAAAUGUAUAGUAUCUUGUAAUGUGAAUUUCUCACUUAUUAUGGUUAUAGGACAACUAUAUUUUAAAAGUCAUAUUUGUCUAUGGAAUUAUUCAGAUUGCUAGGUAUAGACAUCAGUAUUAUAGGUUUUUUUCUGAACUUGACCUCAUUUACAUGGUUCAUUUGUCAAUGUCAAGUUUUUGUGGAUAGGUCUUUUCUCAGAUACUGUAGUCAAUAUCUCAAAUAUAUUUUUUGUAUGAAAUGAUUGUUUGAAAAUGUAGAAUUUAUUUGUUGUUAUAAAGAGGAGAGAAUUUCUUGCUUUUAUUUUUUAUUUUCUGUUUAAGGUGCUACAUAUCAAUACAGGGACAGAUAACUCUGUAAAAAUCAGCUGAACCAUUUAAUCACUUUCUACUGUUAAGUAAAUAUUAAGCAUCUCAAUGAAUUGAGCUCAUUUCAUAUAUCCAUUGAAAUUUAUCCGAUAAAGUGUGUGGUUCAAUUUUUUUGAAAUUUUUAUGUUUUUGUCAAAGGGUCAAAAUCAACAUUUUGUCAAAAUUUUAUGAAAAAUAAAACAAUUUUGAAUUAAUUUUGGUCAAGGUGUUUGGAACCACCUUAAGCUGGCUAUAAUUUAUGUUGUCAUACAAUCUAUGUUACAAUGUAUGUAUUGUAUUGUAUUGUGUUGAUUAACACAAUUAAUAUUAAUUUCAAAAACUCUCAAAGUAUCAAUAGAACAUGGUUGAAAUUAUGUACAGUUGUGCAUGAUAUGUAGAUGUGCUUAUUAUGUGAAAAUGCGAUAUUAUUAUGUUAAUUGUUGUAAAGAUUUUAUUUAAAAAAAUCAUUAACUUUGAGUUUUUCUUUUUGUGAAUACUAAAUUUACAACAGUGAGAGUAGAUAGGAUAGGAUCACAAUUUUUUUCAGUGCUUCAAAUGUAGUUCUUACCAUAUUUUGGUGCAAAUUACUAAAUUUGAGAAACAUUACUUUGUACUAGAAGUUCAUUUGAAAUUUAUACAUGUUAAUCAGUAUUAUAUAUGGAAUAUGCUCUUCUGUAUUAGCUCCAUGUGUCAUAAUAUAUCUGCCAGCCCCCAUUUUUGAAAUGGCUGCCCAAAUAAUCCAUAGUGCUUUUGUUUUAAUGAAAUUUGAUUGGUAGAAUAUAUUAAAAAAAUAUUUCUGAUAUAUAAAAAGAGACUAGUUGGCUUUCAUUUUCAAAAUGCUGUUGGCUUUCAUUUUCAAAAUGCUGUUGGCUUUCAUUUUCAAAAUGUUAAAAUUAUUUGGAUCUGUGCCUCGCUGAAAAGUGUACACAUAUGGUCCUUGCAUGACAAUUUUUUAGUUAAAUACAAUUUUGAACAAUAAAUAAAUUAUAGUUUAAUUUGUUCUAAAUGUUUCCAUCAAUCUGAUAUCAUUUGUCAGCUGGAUGUGCCAUACUUUCCUCAGUAUCAUAUAAAAUACUCUAAAUCUUUUAUAAACUUUUUAUGGAAAUGGUAAUAUUAUCAUCAUUAUGAUGUACAUGUUCUUUGAUUUGUUUAAGAAGAAUAUAUAAUGCAAAUAAGAUUUGUGACAGGUUACAAGACAUCUUUGCUAUAUUGUAGAUAACAUGCAGAUUUCAAUGAAAUAACAGUGCUUGAUAUAGUCCAUCUUUCUAUUAUAAACAAACCUUGAAAAAAUUACAGAAUUAAAAGCAAAAGGUGUAUUUUUAUAAAGGGAACAUAUUUUUUAAUUAAUUGUCAACAUUUGUAUAAUAAGCAAAACAUUACUAUAAAACAAGCUUAAGAAUUUUAAUCAAUAUUUAAAAAUCAAUCAACGCCAAAUGGGUUUUGAUUUAGCAUGUAACUGUUCAAUGAUUAAAAAGCAUUACUUUACUCAUUUAAAAAUUUGCAAAAUGACAUCAAGUUUUGAAAAAAGGAAACAAAAAUGAAAUUUGCCAAAACAGUGAUUUAUCCUUGAAAUUAAAUUCUAUAAGAAGAUAGUAGUGUUUUUUUUACUGUAAUUAAAGAUGUUUAUUCAGGAAUUAAUAUACAUGUAUCUUUAUAAAAUGUGAUAUUCUGGACAUACAGUGUGAACUGCAUAAAUUUUAUAAAAUAUUGAAAACAUUUCAUUAUAAAAAUGCUUAACAUAGAC